GAUUAUCACAUUCUGGGAUGAUAUUAAAUCAUAGAUUAACCAAAAAUAGUCUCGGCAGUAUGGCUGUUAAUCAUUUUGAUUAUUAAUUCAUUCAUUUUUCGUGACCCCACGAGGUGAAAGUUGAAAGGGUGUCGAAAACGAGCCAAUCACAACGUGGGAACGUGUCAAUUUAUCAGUAGUUUCGGCAUUGGGGAAAAUUCUCUUCCCUAAUCUGUCUCUCUCUUUUUAUGGUUGAGCUGUGGCGGCUUGUGCGUCGAAACAUGAAACUCAUAGCAAUAAUUUCGGUCCUUUUGAUGUGUCUGACCUAUCUGCUUAUUCCUGCAGAUGCCAAAGAGAAGUCAAAGGGACCAAAAGUUACAGACAAGGUAUAUUUUGAUAUAGAAAUUGGCGGGGAACCACAAGGGCGCAUUGUUAUUGGUCUGUUUGGAAAAACAGUGCCAAAAACUGUGAAGAAUUUCGCUGAACUAGCCAAGAAAGAGCUACCAAAUGGAUACAAAGGCAGCAAAUUCCAUCGAAUUAUUAAAGAUUUUAUGAUCCAGGGUGGAGAUUUCACUCGAGGAGAUGGUACUGGAGGUAGAAGUAUCUAUGGAGACAGAUUUGAUGAUGAGAAUUUCAAACUGAAGCAUUAUGGUGCUGGGUGGCUGAGUAUGGCAAAUGCUGGCAAAAAUACCAAUGGAUCUCAGUUUUUCCUAACCACUGUAAAAACAAGUUGGUUGGAUGGUAAACAUGUUGUCUUUGGAAAAGUUCUUGAGGGAAUGGAUGUUGUGAGGAAAUUAGAAAACACCAAAGUGAGUGGGUCAACACCAGAGAAGGAAUGCAUAAUAGCGGAUGCUGGUCAUGAGGAAGUAGCUGAACCAUUCUCUGUGGACAAAGAACCUGUAGAAGAGUAAAGAAAAUUGUCACAAAAUGUAGAAUUGUUUUUUUAAGUGUGGACAGAUUUGGAGAGAUCUUUAAUAAAAAAUUUAAAUCCAAACCUUUUCUUCAUUCCUAACUUUCUUCAUCAAAUCAGCUUAAAUAAGGAUGUGGAUAAACUUGUCCAGGGAGUUGUAUUAAUUAAAUCAGGUACACACUGGUAACCAGCAUAAAUACAAAGUUAUUUCAGAGUCUAACCUUACUACAUGUGUUUUGUAUAUGAUUUCUAUAAAUGUAGUACUAGUAUUUGUGAUCUCAAUUUGUUCACUACAUUCCACCAUGUUGUGUUGCUACACAUGACCUACAUCUGUGUCUAGUUACUAGUGAAGUAGACUGUGAGAUCCACUCUGAGUUAUUUCGUGUGUAUGCAUUUGAUGAUUGUUGUAUCAAAACAUAAUAGAAGUCUGGUGAUAAGUUUGUACAUGGUUGAAUUAUUUUACUUCCUGGGGAUCUCUACUGCAUCACACAACCUAUGUUGGUAGCAUCUUUGUUUUAGCAAAAUUGAUAUUUACUGAAGUGAAUUACACAUCUUGUAAAUAACAAUGUCUACAGUAAAAAAAGGCUGUUACUGAUAUCACACAUACAUUAUUUUUAUAUAAAACUAAACUCUUUUACAAUUGUUGAUGCAAUCCUAUCACAGGGACGUAAAUGGAUUUGAAUUAUUGCUGUUCAUUAAAACAUCUAUGCAUUGCAGUUUGUAAUCUGAAUAUUGAAAACUCAAUAAAUGAUCGUCAUACACGAGAAA